CUCCCCCUUCUGAGUCUGAGACGCGCCGAGGAAUCCUUGGGCAUGCUGCAGUUUGCUGGUUCUCUGGCCGAUGCUCUACACCGUGUCAACGCAGAUGGCCAUUAUGUGGACAGAUCACCAUCAGAUAAGGAACAGAUAGCACUUGAUACGCUCACAAACCAACUACCAAUCAGAUCCUACUCUUCUAGUGACAUCACAAUGGGAAAUACAAGUGGCAGUGAAGAUGAAGAUAUGUUAAGCAGAAAGGGAAUAGUGAUUGAUCUUACUGAAGAGGAUGAGAGACCGAAGAUCGAUAUCCAGGUUGAUCAUGCGGGAACGAUAGCUCGCAUGUACCGGGAUUCCCGCAAGGCCGAAGCCAGCAAACCUCACAUCAAGCGACCGAUGAACGCCUUCAUGGUGUGGGCCAAAGAGGAAAGGAGAAAGAUCUUAGCCAGGCAUCCUGACAUGCACAACUCCAACAUCAGCAAAAUAUUGGGUUCCAAAUGGAAGACGAUGUCCAAUGCAGAGAAGCAGCCCUACUACGAAGAACAGGCGAGACUAAGCAAGGCACAUCUUGAAAAAUACCCCGAUUACAAAUACAAGCCACGCCCAAAGCGCACGUGCAUAAUCGACGGCAAGAAACUCAAGAUCGGCGAAUACAAGGCUCUCAUGCGAGCCAAGCGUCAGGAGGUGAGACACGUCUAUUACACGCGCGAUGGGGAGCAUAUGAUUAGGGCGCCCUCUAUCGCCACGACGCUGAACACACCGACGUUUCCGUUGCUGGAUUCAUCAGGCGGGUAUACGCUAGCUGGUAUCAGGCCUCCUACCAUGGUCGACACCUCGUCGUACGAAUCGGAAAAUGGAAUCUCGUCAGAUCGAUAGCGACCAUGCGUCCCAUUUUCGUUCAUUAUUUUUACAAAUAAGUUUGUAAAAUGUAUGAUUUCUUUUUGUUUUGUUUUAUACUCGUAAUUAUUUUUAUCAAAUGUUUCUAAUAGACUGCAAUGCUGCUUUAGAAUGUCCUGUGAAUGUACACACAUUCCGCCUACCUUACAUCAAGGCGGAACAUGCAUAUUCAAUAAAGAAAUUUCACAGCAAAGCGAAGCGUUAACGGAUAGGUCAGCUCAGUAAAUAUCAUAGAUGGACUGUAUGUAUCUAUACAUGUACUGUUCUAAUUUUUUGAAUUGUGGUUAUUGGAGUAAUAUAAGAAGUUAGCAGUGUACAGCAGCUUGUAGUCUAUUAUGAACUUGAUCAUGUGACCACCCACCUGACAUACAUCACCUGACAAGAACGCAUAGAAUGCGUUCACAUAUACUAUUUAUGAUAGAAAGGAGAUGAACUAUUUAUUUCUUGCAGCUAUUUUUUUGACAUAUUUAUCUGUAUUAUCCAGCUUAGUGCGUGUCAAAUAUAAGGAGAAGUAUCUUGAAAGAAUAAACGACUGAUCAUCCGAACGCAUCUUUGCUGACUGGUCGUUAUUUUUCAAUAACGUUACGAUUCUCGUUUAGUAUGUUUUCAAAAUCGUUUGUAUUUCUUUCUUAUAAUUGACUUGAACUACGCAAUAGUUCUUAAAUGAUAAUUGGAACAGGACUUCCUCGUAUUAAAUAUGUUUGUAUCGUUGUAUAUACUGUAGUUGUGGAUGCUCAAAUUUUUUUUAUUUGGGUUGUGUUUGUACAAAAAUUCUAAAAUACAGUCGAAAAAAAAAAACGAUAAAAAACGGAAGAGGAACUACUUUGACGUAACAAGUAAGACGUGCAAGAAUUACGUUUGCAACUGAAUCGACGCAAAUUGAUUGAUCAGCUGUAAGAUUAAGAUGGUGAGGAUGUUGAUGGGAGUAUAGAUUAUCAUGACGGCUUUUUAUACCAUACCUCAUACGUUUCAUGUGGUUUUAAACGGUGUGAUAUUUGUGACUAUUGCAUGGUGUAACGCAUAAUAUAUAGUGUGAUUGAACGUGUCUAUGGACUAGAUAGUAGAAAUGCGUAUUUGUGGCAGUGCUAGUGGUAGACUGAAGAAUUAUAACAGAGCAUGGUGAUAUUGGAAAUAUAUAUAAAUAUAAAUAUAUCUAUCAUGGGUGGACACAGUGACUGUUGUCUUAAUAGUAUUGAUGAAUAUGUAUGAGCUAGAAUGACGAAUUGUGGAUUGUGAUUAUACACAUCAUGAAUUAUGCAUUAGUUGUCAUGAAUUAUUUAUGAGGCCUCCAACCAUGCUGUUCGUGUAGUGGAAUACCAUGAUGUUCCUUUUCGGCCCGUUAUGUACGUGUAGAUCUCGUUAGCCUGGUGACACUUUUUCUCAAACAAAUUUAGUUUCCAUUUUUGAGAAAAUUGAACUUUUUAUGCUCGAUUUUUCACCUUGAUUCUUUAGUAUAAGUUUGUGACUCUUGUACAUAUAGUAUUUACCAUUUUUUAUAGUACACUAGUUAGGCUGUAUUUUUGGUAUUUCAUAUAAUUUAUAUAUUUACACACAGAAGUGACCUGUAUUAGAUUCCCCAACUCUUUAUAAUGCUACAUAUUACAAUGUGUAAGCAUGAUCAGUCCCGUAGCAUUAUUUUGGCGUCGUUUUAUUUGCCCCAUCCCUAAUCUUGCCUGCUCGUGUUUUGCAGUAUUUUUGUAUUGUAUUCACCCAUGGUUGUAUUCAUUUCUGUUGACCCUGUUUUGAUUUUUUUGACAUUUUGUUUACUUUACCCCUUUAGAACGCCAGUACCAUUUCAAUCUUCAUAAUCCAGACUCACAUGUCAAUUUCUCACCACUUUUUCCCCCUUUUUUAUACAUAUUUUUUUUCAGUGUUAAAAAGAUGUGAGUAAUUUUCAUUUUCUUGUAAGUGACACAAAAAUGCAUUAUGGAAGAUAUUAGACCCUUUUACUUUCAGCUAUUUAAAGGAAAUCAUUGUACAUCCUCAAAUUGGCAAUAUAAUGUGUGAAUCGAUGUCGUGGUGUUAAACAAUGUGCUUCUGUCUAUUGGAAUGUGUGGAGAAAGUGUUAGUGUCAAAAUGAUAAUCUUGCAUUCGAUAAUCUACGUGUAAUAUACAUGGACAUGUGACAUAAAUGCAAAUAUUAGUCUUAGAUACUAGUAGUGUAACGUACUAUAGUAAAACUCAGAACUGUAGAUUGUACACUGUAAGAUCUUUGGUGUUAAGUGCAACACCAGAUAGUGUCAUGAGAGUGCUGCAUCCUUAGGUGUUAAAAUACACCAAUGAAUUUGACCAGAACACUAAACAGAUUGAAUGUGUUGUUAUACAUUACACCAAUGGAAGUUAAACUAACACCAUGAAUUGAACACUGGUGUAAAGUGUUUGGUGUGGUCCUCUCUGAAUACCCACUGGUUUAGUGUUAACACCAUGGUUUUUGCAAAGUGUGUUUGUGCUUGAUCGUCCUACCCCUAGCAUUUUCUGUGGAUUAUGUGGCGUAGAAAUAUCUUAUUCUGUCUUGCCCGUGUCGUCAUGGAAAUGUAGGUCGUGAGGUCAUUGUUAUGGCAACCCUUCCGACGCUGUUUUCUACAAAAUGCCUCAUUUAAAAAAAAAAUUUACAGCUAUAAUUGAAUUCCUAUUUUAGAUUUAUUUACGCUUUUUUGUGGGGGUCGAAUAUUAAAAAAGUGGAAAAAUAACAAUUCAGUUUCUCAUUACUAUUGAAUUAUUAGAAUAUUUCAAGUUUUAUAAUAAGAAUUAUUCCCAGCCCUCUUUUUACUCAUAUUUAUAUUUCUUAAAACAGGAUUAUCAAAAAAUCAUCAAUCAAAUUUUUGUAUUUUUCUUUGCUCUGAAAGAAACCACAUUGUUGAAGAAAAACAAAUUAUACCUACAUUUCUUGAACAGUAUUGUAGUCAGCUCCGGCAACAAGAAUUGACCAAAAAGCAGUUGGCUAAGAGUCUCAACAUUUCUAUUAAAUCAGUUUAACCCGACUAUUCUUGGCAGAAAAGUUAGGGAAAUUAUAUAAGGUUGAUGUUACAAAUUUAUUGAUAUUUCUGUUUCUAACUCUUCAAGUGAAUUAUGGGUAGCAGGUCUACCGGUAUCAACGCAACCCUGUCCAUUUACGAUUGUCGUGAUUUUUCAGCUGAGCGUGCUAGUUUGUUGCAUAACAGUCCGUGGUUGUCAAUUAAUGUAGAGACAGUGUUUUAUCAAAGCUUAGCGGUACUCAUGCAUGUAAAAGAAAAACACAAAAACACCAGUUUAAAUUUUGUAAGUCAGCCUGGUAACUAUAUAGGAAAACACCAAGUAUUUGGAGCUAACACCAGACAGGCGUUUUAAUAACACCCAUGAGUGCUAAAACAGCCCUGAUUGGAGUGUUUGAUGCUGCAAAUUUGGAAAAUAGCAUUAAACAUAGACAUACUGAAGCUUGUAGAAAAGCUCAUCAGAGUAAAAUCGCAUGAAUGACCAGAACGCUAGAUCGAAACAGUAUAUACUGCAUAUAUGAUAGAAGUGAAAGAUUGAUUUGAUUAGAUUCUUAACUGGUUUCGUUUCAAAGCUUAUAUGGCAUCUUACUUUUUAGUUACCAAGCUGGUUUUCAAUUAACUCUGGCGUUUUUGCGGUGCAUCUACGUCUACGAGAGGAGGAGAUAAUCUUGUGUUUUUAUGUUGUCAGUUACAGAUCGUGUCUAUGAGAGAAAUAGAUUUACUUAUCACAAAGCCAAUAUAGAUUAUUUAGAGUUUUUGACUACGUUGCUUCUACCUCAAUAAUAUCUAUAUUAAUAAAUCUAAGGUAUGUAUUAAGACCGCCUUCUCCUUUUGCUUGUCUCAUUUUGAGGAAUUCGAAGAAAGGUAGAGAGAAAAUGUAAUAUAGUCUGUUUGCAGCCAAAACACAUUACUGUAACAAAGCCCUUCUGGCAUUGAACUGGUAUCGAACUUAAUGGCAUUUUUGUCAAAGUGUUUGGCUGACUCAAAAGCCCCCAGUUACAAUUGAGUAUAUUAAGAAUGACCCAGAAUUCCAGACAUAAGUGCCCAGAAUGAAAGAAAAACUAAUUAAAACAUUGGACAAAAAAAACAAUCUUUUCUUUCUUGAUUUACAUGAAAUGAACACGAUUCGGGUUCUUCUUAUAUACAUAUAUUCAAUUAUUUUUGCUUAUAUUACUAUAAAGAAAAGACUUCUAUUAAAUGUGUAUUUCGACAUUGAAAAACAGAUGUCAAUGUGAGUCCUAAGUAUUUUGGAAGUCUAUUAAUCUGUAACAUAAUAUUGACAAUUCAUGAGGAGAAAUAUGAUCAGUUAUGGUAUUGUUUUUUUGUUUUGUUUAAUUUUCAACUUACACCUGAAAGCAUUGUGAGAGCCAAAAGUUUUUUCAUGUUUCCAAAACUUUAUUAUAACUUGUGCCAAACUACAGAGCAGAUUUAUUUUACCAUAUGAAAUAUUUGAUUGAAAAGUUUUUUUCUUCUGUUGUAAAUCAAGUUUGGAUGAAUUUAUUAUGUAAUAAUGAUGUUAUUUGUUUAAGUGUUUCUGUUCCCAAGUAAAACAAUAUUUCAAAGGUGAUACAACCUGAAAUUGAUAUCUUUAUUACUUCUCCGUUCUUCCUCGUGUAAAGAUUAAAUAAAUGACCAAAGCAA